ACUUAACGUGGAAAGAUGACACUGCGGUCCGUGGGAUCCACGACAAGAAGUGGUGUGGGUUUUUUCGGGGGGAAUAAAAACUACCAUGAAGGAUAAAAGAAAGCCAAAGUGUUGGGAGAAGGAGAGCUGAGGACUUUCUUUGGACUUAACUCGCGGGGAAGUGAGGCUGAGGGAUUUUAAACCAUGGAACUUUGCUGGAUCUUGGUGAUCCCGCUUCUCAGCGCGCCUUGUGCCGGAGGUUUCGACUUGCACCUUUCGGAUACUUUCCACUUGGGAACCGUCUUGGCAAAUGUAUCUCUCGGCCCGGGCUGGACGUACAAGCUCGACAGGACUUCGACUUCCAAAGCCAUUGGGAAUAUUGUAAAGGUGGACGAGCGAGACGGCGCGGUCCGCCUGGUACGCGAGGUGGACUGUGCGCGCCUCCCGAAGGGUAGCCCGCUGCCCCUUACUUUCAGGAUCGCCUCUUCAGCAUCGGACACUUUUGUCAUCGCGCACUUUAACGUGUUUGUACACGGGCAGGACUGCUUCAUCAAGUACAGAAGAAAGAGCGCCGUUAACAAGCCCGAUGUUCACGUCCAUUACCUGUACGGUUUGGGAGCGACUUCCUGCCUUCCUUCAGGUGUUUUGCUCGUCAGCCUCGCGGACUAUUUACCUGCCUUUGCGCGGCAUGCCAACGUUUCUGCCUGUUCUUGCACAGCAAAACAUCUGAGCGUGUUUCUGCGCGAAAGGAGUUUGUAUGUGCAAGGUGCCCGCUGUUUGUCGGGGAAGAGCGACGAGGACACGGUCCUGUGCGCGCUGCGCGACUCGCGCGGCCGCCACCUCUCCGCACGCGUCACGCUGCGUCUCGUGGCACCCUCGCCGGGGGACGUUCGGCGUGGACCUCACGCGUGGAAAAAGCGCGAAGUCAGGAGCGCGAACUCCGCUCCCGUGUUUCAGCUGCCCAAUUACCAGGUGUCCGUCCCCGAGAACGAGCCGGCGGGGACGCACGUCAUCACACUCAAAGCCACGGACGCCGACGGCGGCGAGGCCGGCCGGGUCGAGUACGGCAUGGAGGCGUUGUUCGACAGCAGGUCGAGCGACUUUUUUCGGAUAGACCCGCAGACAGGCCACGUCGAGACCGAGCAGCCGCUGGACAGGGAGUUCAAGGACACCCACGUCUUUAAAGUGACGGCGACCGACCACGGCGCCCCGCGGCGCUCCGCCGCGUCCUUCCUCACCGUCACCGUGGGCGACGCGAACGACCACGACCCCGUCUUCGAGCAGAGCGCGUACAGGGUGAGCAUCCGCGAGAACGUGGAGGCGGGCUUCGAGGUCCUGACCGUGAGGGCGACGGACGAGGACGCGCCUUCAAACGCCAACAUGAUCUAUAAGAUCGUGAGCGGCGACGACGGCGCCAACUCCGUCUUCGAGAUCGAUUCCCGGCACGGGCUCGUGAAAGUUAAGGUGCGACCGGAUAGAGAAGUCACUGCAAAGUACGAACUCAUAGUAGAGGCCAAUGACCAAGGGAAGGACCCGGGGCCUCGUAGCGCAACGGCCACGGUGCAUAUAACGGUAGAAGACGAGAACGACAACUACCCUCAGUUCAGUGAGAGAAGGUAUGUUGUCCAGGUGCCCGAGAAUGUGCCUGUCAACACCAGAGUGGCUCAGGUGGAAGCCACUGACAAAGAUGAGGGCAACAAUGCCAAAGUUCAUUAUAGUAUAAUCAACGGCAAUGUGAGGGGUCAGUUCUACAUUCACACGCCAACCGGUGAAAUUGACGUUAUAAAUCCACUAGAUUAUGAAACAAACAGGGAUUAUAGUUUGCGUAUAAAGGCCCAGGAUGGAGGCAGACCUCCUCUCAUUAAUAGCACAGGAAUGGUGAUUGUGCAAGUGAUUGAUGUGAAUGACAACGCCCCCAUGUUUGUAAGUACUCCAUUCCAGGCUACUGUUUUGGAGAAUGUACCCCUCGGGUACUCGGUGAUUCAUAUUCAGGCUAUUGAUGCUGAUUCUGGUGAAAAUGCCCGCUUGGAUUACCACCUCAUAGAAACUUCCCCUGACUUCCCCUUCACCAUCAACAACAGCACAGGCUGGAUUACAGUCAGUGCUGAGCUGGACAGAGAAGCCACAGAGUUUUACACCUUUGGCGUGGAAGCUAGAGAUAAUGGCAUCCCCGCGAUGUCCUCUUCUGCUAGCGUCAGCAUCACGGUGCUGGAUGUGAACGACAAUGUGCCCACGUUCACCGAGAAGGUUUACUCGCUGAAAAUCAACGAGGAUGCCCUAGUGGGCACCAGCGUGCUGACGGUGACUGCUGUGGAUCGGGACAUCAACAGCGUGGUGACCUACCAGAUAAGCAGCGGCAACACGCGGAACAGGUUUGCCAUCACCAGCCAGAGCGGUGGCGGGCUCAUCACCCUGGCCUUGCCGCUGGACUACAAGCAGGAGCGGCAGUAUGUUCUGACCAUCACGGCGUCGGAUGGCACGCGGUACGACACGGCGCAGGUCUUCAUCAAUGUCACUGAUGCCAACACCCACAGGCCUGUGUUCCAGAGUGCCAACUACCAGGUUCUGAUCAGCGAGGACAAGCCCAUUGGGUCUACUGUGGUUGUCAUCAGUGCUACAGACGAGGACACCGGAGAGAACGCGCGCAUCACAUAUAUCAUGGAGGAUAACGUGCCACAGUUCAAGAUUGACCCAGACUCAGGAGCCAUUACCACACAGAUGGAGAUUGAUUAUGAGGACCAGGCUUCGUACACCUUGGCCAUCAUCGCCCAUGACAAUGGCAUCCCACAAAAGAUGGACACCACCUAUGUGGAGAUCAUCGUCGAGGACGCCAACGACAACGCCCCUCAGUUUAGCCAAGAGAAGUACCAGGGUAAGGUGUUCGAGGACGUGUCUCUGUACACCAGUGUGCUCCAGAUCUCUGCCUCGGACAGGGACUCCGGCUCCAACGGUAGGGUGAGCUACACCUUCCAGGGCGGCGAUGAUGGUGAAGGAGACUUCUUCAUUGAGCAAUACUCGGGUAUCAUCAGAACCAACCGUAAGCUGGACAGGGAGAACGUUCCAGUCUACAACCUGAGAGCCUUUGCCAUAGACAGAGGAAGUCCUCCCCUCAAAGCUGCAGUGGAGGUCCAGGUGUCGGUGCUGGACAUCAACGAUAAUGCCCCGGUGUUUGAGAAAGAUGAGCUGUAUAUCUAUGUCAAGGAGAACAGCCCUGCCCACUCUGUGGUGGCCCAGAUAACCGCCACAGACCCAGAUGAAGGAACCAAUGCUCAGAUCAUGUACCAAAUAGUGGAAGGAAAUGUACCUGAGGUUUUUGACUUGGACAUCUUCACUGGAGACCUCAAAGCACUCAUGGAUUUGGACUAUGAGACGAAGACGGAGUACGUAAUAGUAGUGCAGGCCACGUCCGCCCCGCUGGUCAGCAGAGCGACGGUCCACAUCCGCCUGGUCGACAUCAAUGACAACGACCCCGUCCUGCACAACUUUGAGAUCAUCUUUAACAACUACGUCACCAACAAGUCCAACAGCUUUCCCACAGGCGUCAUAGGGAAGGUGCCGGCCCAUGACCCGGAUGUGUCUGAUAAGCUCCAGUACAGCUUUGUGGAAGGGAAUGAGUUGAGUCUGCUGAUCCUUAACCCAGAUACUGGAGAGCUCAAACUGAGCAGGGACCUGGACAAUAACAGGCCACUGGAGGCUAUCAUGAAAGUGGCUGUUUCAGACGGCAUGCACCUGGUUUCGGCACUCUGCACGCUGCGCGUGGCCAUCAUCACGGACGACAUGCUGACCAACAGCAUCACGGUGCGGCUGGAGAACAUGUCCCAGGAGCGCUUCCUGUCGCCGCUGCUGGGCCUGUUCGCCGAGGGCGUGGCCGCCGUACUCUCCACCAGCCGCGACGCCGUCUUCGUCUUCAACGUGCAGAACGACAGCGAUGUGAGCGGCCGCAUCCUCAACGUCACCUUCUCGGCGCUGCUGCCGGGCGGCGCGCCGGGCCGCUACUUCCCGUCGGAGGAGCUGCAGGAGCAGAUCUACCUGAACCGCACGCUGCUCCGCCGCAUCUCCAGCCAGAGCGUGCUGCCCUUCGACGACAACAUCUGCCUGCGCGAGCCCUGUGAGAACUACAUGAAGUGCGUGUCGGUGCUGAAGUUCGACAGCUCGCCGCCGUUUGUGGCCUCCGACACGGUGCUCUUCCGGCCCAUCCACCCCGUCAACGGGCUGCGCUGCCGCUGCCCCCCGGGCUUCACGGGCGACUACUGCGAGACGGAGGUGGACCUGUGCUACUCGGGCCCCUGCCGGAACAACGGCCGCUGCCGGAGCCGCGAGGGCGGGUACACCUGCGAGUGCCUGGAGGACUUCACGGGUGAUCACUGCGAGGUGAACUCCCGCUCUGGCCGGUGCAUGCCGGGCGUGUGCAAGAACGGGGGCAAGUGCGUGGACCUGCUGGUGGGCGGCUUCAUGUGCCAGUGCCUGCCAGGCGAGUACGAGAAGCCCUACUGCGAGAUGACCACGCGCAGUUUCCCUGCACGUUCGUUCGUCACCUUCAGGGGUCUGAGGCAGAGGUUCCACUUCACCGUCUCCUUAAUGUUUGCGACACGAGAGAGAAACGCCCUGCUCCUAUACAAUGGCCGCUUCAAUGAGAAGCACGACUUCAUAGCUAUGGAGAUCAUCGACGAGCAGAUCCAGCUCACCUUCUCAGCAGGAGAGACUAAAACUACCGUGGCGCCCUUUGUGCCCGGUGGCGUUAGCAAUGGUCAGUGGCACUCUGUCCAGCUCCACUACUACAACAAGGACAGUCUGCACCUGCUGGACGGCAGUGGGGUGCUGCGUGUCGCUCUCUAUACAGCCUGGCUGGAGCUGACCCGUAAGGAGCCAAACAUCGGGCGCCUGGGUCUCCCCCACGGGCCGUCUGGGGAGAAGGUGGCUGUGGUUGCCGUGGACGACUGCGACAUCGCCAUGGCAGUGCGCUUUGGGAGCCAGAUCGGCAACUACUCCUGUGCAGCUCAGGGCAUGCAGACCGGACAGAAGAAGUCUCUGGACCUGACGGGCCCUCUACUACUGGGUGGCGUGCCCGACUUACCUGAGGAUUUUCCUGUGCGCAACCGCGACUUUGUGGGUUGCAUGAGCAACCUGACCAUUGACAGCAAGCCCGUGGACAUGGCUGGCUUCAUCGCCAACAACGGAACCACAGCAGGCUGCCCAGCCAAGAGGAACUUCUGCAGAGAGGGUCUGUGUCAGCACGGAGGCCAGUGUGAAAACAGAUGGAACACCUACUUCUGCCACUGCCCUGAUGGUCGCGGAGGCAAGAACUGUGAGCAAGGAAUGCCCUCGCUGCAGCGCUUCGACGGCCACGCCAUGGUGGCGUGGAGCGAGCCUGACAUCACCGUGGCUGUGCCCUGGUACAUGGGCCUGAUGUUCCGGACCAGGCAGGACGACGGGACAGCCACUCUCAUGCAGGCCAACGCUGGCCCCGCCUCCCAGAUCAACAUACUGCUGGUGAACCGGCACGUGCGGAUGGAGGUCUUGCUAAAGCAGGAGCGGGUGGCACUGUUGGAGUUCCCUGAGGUCAGGGUGAACGAUGGCGAGUGGCACCACCUCCUCGUGGAGAUCACCAGCAGCAAGCAGAGCAAAGACACCAAAUACGUGGCCCAGGUGUCUCUGGACUAUGACAUGUUCAAGAGGUCCGUGGAGAUUGGCAACGAGCUGCCCGGGCUCAAGGUCAGUAGUCUGUUCAUCGGGGGCCUUCAGGGAGACGACGGCAAAGUGCUGCAAGGAUUCCAGGGCUGCAUGCAGGGUGUGAGGAUGGGGGAGACCUCCACCAACACAGCCAACAUCAACAUGCAGCAGGGCCUUAAGAUCCGUGUGGAGGAGGGCUGUGACGUGGCCGACCCCUGCGACUCCAACAUCUGCCCUGGGAACAGCCACUGCACGGCCGACUGGGGUGCCCACAGCUGUGACUGCGACGCAGGGUUCUUUGGAAAGAAGUGUGUGGAUGCAUGCCUCCUGAACCCCUGUGAGCAGGUCUCCACCUGCGUGCGGAAGCCCAGCUCCUCCCACGGCUACGUCUGCGAAUGUGGCCAGAACCACUACGGCCAGUACUGCGAGAACAAGGUGGAGAAGCCAUGUCCCAGGGGCUGGUGGGGGAGCCCCAUGUGUGGGCCCUGCAACUGUGACGUCGCCAAGGGCUUCAAUGCCGACUGCAACAAGACGACGGGCGAGUGCCGCUGCAAGGACAACUACUACCGCCCCAAAGAGAGCGACACCUGUCACCCGUGUGACUGCUUCUUCCCGGGCGCCAGCUCCCGGACCUGUGACCAGCACUCGGGGCAGUGCCCCUGCAAAGCGGGUGUGAUCGGACGACAGUGCAACCGCUGCGACAACCCCUUUGCCGAAGUGACCGCCACCGGGUGUGAGGUGGUUUAUGAGGUCUGCCCCAAGGCCUUUGACGCUGGAGUCUGGUGGCCGAGGACCAAGUUUGGCCGUCCAGUAGCUAUGAAUUGCCCCAAGGGAUCUAUUGGCACAGCGGUUAGACACUGCAGUGAUGAAAAAGGCUGGCUGCCACCAGAACUCUUCAACUGCACCACCAUGGCCUUCUCCCAGCUAAAGAAACUGAACGAAGAGAUGAAUCGUAACGAAUCCAUGAUGGACGGACAGAAGUCGAAGGACAUCGCCCACAUGCUCCACAACGCCACCAGCAAGGCCAGGUCCUUCUACGGCACCGACGUGAAAACGGCCUUCCACCUCAUCUCCCGCGUGCUGCAGUACGAGAGCGAGCAGCAGGGCUUCAACCUGGCCGCCAUGCGCGACACCAACUUCAACGAGAACAUCGUGAGGGCGGGCAGCGCCAUCUUGGACCCGAGCAACAAGGAACACUGGGACCACAUCCAGAAGACAGAGGGCGGCACAGUUCACCUGCUCCAUGACUUCGAGGAGUACGCCACCACCGUGGCGCGCAACAUGAAGAAGACCUACCUGAAGCCCUUCACCAUCAUCACGCAGAACAUGAUUUUGGCAGUAGACUACCUGGAUUCUUCCAGUCCAGACAAGGCAAAGAUCCCCAACUUCCAGAAGAUUACGGAGGAAUAUCCCAAAGACCUGAAGUCAUCAGUCCUGUUUCCAGAGUUUAACUUCAGAUCCACACAACACAGGGACUCUCCGACGGAGGAGCCCGUGGCUCAGUCCACCUCUGCUGAGGAAGACCACACCCAGGAGCGGAGGAAGAGGCAGGCCGAGGGCACCCCUCCAUUCCUCGUGACCACCGUCGUCGUGUACCGCUCACUGGGGCAGCUGUUGCCGGAGCGCUAUGACCCCGACCGCCGCAGCCUCAGGCUGCCCAACCGGCCGGUGAUCAACACGCCCAUCGUGAGCGUGGUGGUGCACAGUGAAGAUGGCCCCCUGCCCCUGCCCCUGGAACACCCCAUCACACUGGACUACACCCUGCUGGAGACAGAGGAGAGGUCCAAGCCUGUGUGUGUGUUCUGGAACCACUCCAUCACGAUCGGUGGCACUGGUGGCUGGUCCUCAAAGGGCUGCGAGCUGGUGUUCAGAAACCACACGCACAUCAGCUGCGAGUGCAACCACAUGACCAGCUUCGCCGUGCUCAUGGACAUCUCCAGGAGAGAGCAUGGAAACGUGCUGCCGCUGAAGAUAGUCACCUACACCACGGUGGCAGCCUCUCUCCUGGCCCUGCUGCUCACAUUCCUGCUGCUCGCCACCCUGCGCAAGCUCCGCUCCAACCUGCACAGCAUCCACAAGAACCUGGUGGCCGCACUCUUCUUCUCCGAGCUCGUCUUCCUCAUCGGCAUCAACCAGACGGACAAUCCGUUUGUGUGUACAGUGAUAGCCAUCCUGCUGCACUUCUUCUACAUGUGUACCUUUGCCUGGAUGUUUGUGGAAGGCCUGCACAUUUACCGCAUGCUGACCGAGAUGCGCAAUAUCAACCACGGUCACAUGCGCUUCUACUACGCCAUCGGCUGGGGCAUCCCUGCGGUCAUCACCGGUCUGGCUGUGGGCUUGGAUCCGCAGGGCUAUGGUAACCCUGACUUCUGCUGGCUCUCCGUCCAUGACACCCUGAUCUGGAGUUUUGCUGGACCCAUCGCCAUUGUCGUUCUGGUCAAUAUGGUGAUCUUUGUGAUGGCGGCCAAAGCAUCGUGCGGCCGCAGACAGAGGAGCUUUGAGAAGUCCGGGGCCAUUCCCGCGCUGCGGAUGGCCUUCCUGCUUCUGCUGCUCAUCAGCGCCACUUGGCUGCUGGGACUCAUGGCUGUUAACAGCGACAUUAUGACCUUCCACUACCUGUUUGCUGCGUUUAGUUGUUUGCAGGGAAUUUUCAUAUUCUUCUUCCACUGUGUGCUGAACAAGGAAGUGAGGAAGAACCUGAAGAGUGUGUUCACGGGGAAGAAGCCCCUGCCGGAGGACUCUACCACCACGCGUGCCUCCCUGCUCACUCGCUCUCUGAACUGCAACAACACGCACACAGAGGAUGGCAACCUGUUCCGCUCAGCCAUCGGAGAGUCCACCGUGUCACUGGAGAGCACCAUCAGGUCAGCCAAGAGCCACAGUGGUUACCUCGCUUACGCCUUCAGAGAUGACUCAGGACAGAAACCCAGUGGCUCCUCUGGCACAGCUAAAGUGGGACACAUGGACAUCGAUUCCCCUCUGUUCCACUGCAGUGGCACUAAGGCAGAUGACUCCGACUCGGACAGCGAGCUGUCCGUGGAUGAGCACAGCAGCUCCUAUGCGUCCUCCCACUCCUCCGACAGUGACGAUGAUGAUGAAGCCCACAUGAAGCCCAAGUGGAACAACGAGCGCCAGCCACUGCACAGCACGCCGAAAGUGGAGGCAGUGUCCAAUCACGUGAAGCCAUACUGGCCCACCGAGGCCACGACAGCCAGUGACAGUGAGGAGCCGGGAGGGGCAGAGCGGCUGCGGGUGGAGACCAAAGUGAAUGUAGAACUCCACCAAGAGAGCAAGCUGAACCACAUAGGGGAGCCCCCCCAAGACAAAGACCCUCCAGGAAGAGAUGGAGCAACCCCCAACCAGUCCAACAGCAACCACCAACCAGAACAGAGGAAGGGUAUUCUGAAGAAUAAGAUCACAUAUCCGCCACCACUUACAGAUAAGAACAUGAAGAACAAACUUAGGGAGAAGCUCUCUGACUACAACCCCCCAACCAUCUCCUCACGAACCCCCUCAGUAGCUUCCAAUGAUGGAAAUAGUCACAACGUCAUCAUCAAGCCCCCCCAUCGCCCUGCCGUCCCCCCCAAAGAGCAACAGAAUGGAAUGGCCAUGAAUCUCCGGGCAGGCACCAUCAAUGGAGGCAACCAAUCAGACUCUGACGGAAGUAACGAAACCUCAAUCUGACCCAGCAGGAAGCCAGAGGAGUCUCUUCCUGCAUGAGGGCAACACAGCUACACUCAUGUCUGAGGAUGACAGGAGCAGCGGAGGAGCUCCUCAAAGGCCUCCGCGGUCGCGCCGUCCUUUUGGGCCUCUCUUUCCUCACCCCUGAUGUCGCUAAGCUUCUACGCUCCAAUGGAGAACAGUAUUACUGCAGGCGUAUGCCUGCCUGACACGGAAACGGAAUGAACAAAGGGAAUGCAUCAAAAUACACUUUGGGGGGGGGGGGG